AUGGGGGCCAAGACUGCCAAGGUGUGCAAGGUCGGCAGAGACGUUUUUUGGAAUGACUACAUUCAAAACUUCAAAAAUAAUGGCACAUCGACUGCCUAUGUAGAACAGACUGAAAAUGCUGCAACUGGAGCUGCCUCUAUCAUCGUAAAUGACACAGGGGAGAAUGCCAUAGUGAUUGUCGCUGGUGCUAAUAUGCUCUUGGGGCAAGAGGAACUGCAGCGGGCACUAACCGCCAUAGUAAAUGCAAAGGUGCUUGUUUGCCAGCUUGAAAUCAACCCAGAUACAUCGCUUCAGGCCUUGAGAAUGGCCAGAGAGAACCACGCAAUUUGGGUUAUCCGCUUCUCUCUCUCUCUCUUUUUAGCCUAUGUAGAACAGACUGAAAAUGCUGCAACUGGAGCUGCCUCUAUCAUCGUAAAUGACACAGGGGAGAAUGCCAUAGUGAUUGUCGCUGGUGCUAAUAUGCUCUUGGGGCAAGAGGAACUGCAGCGGGCACUAACCGCCAUAGUAAAUGCAAAGGUGCUUGUUUGCCAGCUUGAAAUCAACCCAGAUACAUCACUUCAGGCCUUGAGAAUGGCCAGAGAGAACCACGGUGGUGAUGGACCCAGAGAGCUGAGCAAACGACUGAAGAUGAAUAGUGAAGACCAUAAUCCAGCUCCAGCUAUUGCAGACCUGUGUUCUGAUUUCUACAAAGCAUCUGAUGUUUUCUGCUGCAAUGAAUCUGAGGCAGAGCUGUUGACGGGUCUGUCCGUUACCUCAGUGGAGGAUGCCAGUCAAGUAGGCCUGGAGCUGCUAAACAAAGGUUGUGGUUCAGUUAUCGUCACCUUGGGGCCACAGGGCUGUGUGGUGUGUCAGUCCACAAACAUGGCCCCUAAACACAUUCCCACGACCGCGGUGACUGCUGCAGAUACCACGGGAGCAGGCGACAGCUUCAUUGGCGCUCUGGCUUUCUACAUGGCCCACUAUCCCACAAUGCAGCUGGAAGAGAUGGCCAGGAGAGCCAACCUCGUCGCAGCCGUGUCUGUACAAACUGUCGGCACUCAAACGUCUUUUCCAUUUCAGAAGGAUCUGCCAACUGAACUGUUCUGAAGGUGACUCUUGACCUAAAAACAACACCAUUAAUCUGUGCACAGUGUCCACAGAAUUAUUGUUUGUAUAAUAAACAAAACCAUUUUCCUGGAGAGUUCUAGAUAAUGUAAUUUCCUGGCAUUAUUUGUAAAUGGUAUGAUGUUCAAAUAUCUCUGAAAAUAAAGUAAAAUCAUAUCAAUUUACAAAAAGUACAAGUCUAAUGGUUGAAAUUUUUUUUUUUUUUUAAUGAACAUUUUUUCUAUUAAACACAUUUUGCAGGCUAAUUAUUCCAACAAAUCCACUUCA